CUGGGACAGCAAAGAAUUCACACAUACACACACAUUCGCACAGACAAACACACAUCAGUAAAGACGUGCUCCAGUACAGAGCAUUACAGACACACACAGAGGGACUUCCCUUGUGAAACCACUCACACACUGUCUGUAGCACUUUCUACCUCUUGCUUACAAACACACACACACACACACAAGCAACAGCUGUCAACAUGUUGUUGCCGAGAGCUUUGACCCUGUUCAUCCUGUGGGGUUCUGCCUCUUGUGUGCGGUAUCGAGCUGACUUCAAUAUGAUGGGAGUCACUGGUUGGAUCUUCUUCGACUCCACAGAGCACAAGUCCACCGUUAAUCUCACAGGAACUGGCACAUGUCGAUACAAUAUCUCCCUCACUACAUUCCCGGUUAUGUACGGCCAUUUUGCUUUACCUUGUCAAAAGUCACACAUAGGAGACAGUGUGUUCACGUUUACUGUAGAUCAGCCUCAGGCUGCUGUGAAUGUGUCUACUCUGUUUGAACAGCACAUUAGUCUGGAUGCCCUCUCUGUGCUGGUGGACACAUGUAAUGGUGCAAGGAUUUGUGCCGGACUUACUUCGGAGUCCCAGGUAAGAACAUGGGUGGCACGGUUUUUCAGUCCCGUGGCUGGAAACGUCUACAUCCGGCAAGUGAUGGGAGAAGCAGGAGCAAGGGUUCUCUCAGAUCUAAGAAAUGUCGAUCAGACCAGGAUUUUUUCAAAUGUCACAAUUUUAGUGUCUGCCACCAGCUGCAAUGCACUUCUCGGUAAUAUGGAUCCCAAGAGUCUUACAAAGCUGGGUGUUUUGAAUGUGGGAUCACCUCUAGAACCUGUUCAAUCUCGAUUGGAAAUAUCUAAUCUCAAUUCUAAUGUCUGCUUCGCCGUUCUCGACUUGACCUCAAGCUACAUGUGUGCAGAGAUCCGAAGUGUCGCAAUGAAGGUAGUUAGUGCUGUUGUGAACAUGCAAGGGAUUAAAGGCUACUUCUCCUUUCAUCAACCAUCUCCGUUUGAUCUCACUACCAUCACUGUUAACCUGACAAACCUGGACAGAAGAGUUGGGCCGUACCACGUUCAUCAGUUUCCUCUUCCCCAAAUGAGAUCUCCAUCAGAUAGCAGCUGCAGUAACAACAACCUUGGGGGUCACUGGAACCCAUUUAAUGUGAAUACUCAGGCACCAGCAUAUCCGCCACCGAGAGGCUCCACUCAUGAUCUCUUUGAGGUCGGAGAUCUGAGCGCCAGGCAUGGGUCUCUGGAGAAUACGAAUAACUUUCAAGCCACUUUCAUGGACUGGAACCUGCCCCUGUUUGGGCGGAAUAGCAUUGUGGGUCGCUCUGUUGUGAUACACAUGCCCAACUCAACCAGAUUUGCCUGUGCAAGCAUCAGCUACCCAGGCGAAGUGACUGUCGCCAAGGCUGCCUUUCGUGGUCUGGUUGUGGGGACGGUCCUGUUCACCCAACUCAGUAGUGACCCAUAUUCUGAUGUCUCCGUAUUCUUGGACCUAUCCUACGGACAACUUUCUGCACCUUCUACGGUGAAUCACAACUGGCAUGUCCACAACUAUCCCAUCAGCACAGAGACUGACAGUGACAAGGGAUGUUGUCUGUCAACUGGAGGACACUGGAACCCAUACAACAUAGACACAGUGAGUGCAUACGCUGUAAACUGUGCUCCCGACAGCCCUUUUGCUUGUGAAGUUGGGGAUAUCUCUGGCAAGCACAAGACUGUGGACCUACAGUCUGAGAUGGGAACGGUGGCCACCAAGAACUUUUUUACUGACACCACUUCUUGGGUGUCUGGAAUGAUUGGACGUUCUGUGGUGAUACAUGGUCCAAACCAAACAGGUCCACGGAUCGCUUGUGCAAACCUCACCUUGUACCGUUUUCCAUCCGCUCGCUCGGAUUCUUGGCUUGGACCUGGAACCUCUGAAGGUCAAAUCCGAUUCUCCCAAGUCUCUCCUCAAGGAUCAACAAUCCUAAAUAUCUCCUUUACCGGGCUUAAUGCGAGAGCCGGUGGCUACCACAUCCAUAUUCUUCCAAUCAAAAGCACACAGGAACCUUGCUCGGACACUAACAUAAUGGGACACUUUAACCCGUUUUCUGUCAACGCAGCCUCAUCUCCAGCUCCAGGAAAUGGUACGGUUGACCAGUAUGAGAUUGGAGACAUCAGUGGGAAGUUUGGAGACCUGACCGGUCAGAACAACUUUCAGAAUCAGUACACGGAUGGAAAUAUGCCACUUUCAGGACCGAACAGCAUAAUUGGCCGGUCUCUGGUCAUACAUUACACCAACAGCUCAAGGUUAGUUCCUUACGAAUCGUACAUCCUCAAACAGUCACCUGGCACAGUGUUUUGA